GGUUUGCCUCACGCAUUCAAAGAACCUUUACCCUAUACGUUUAGAAAGGCUUGUAAAGCAGCAUAAUAAAUACUGAGGAUUUAAACUCCUGAGGUGAAUUUAAAGGAGUACAAGUGCAUGUUUUCAGGUUGACAAUGAAGAUGCAUCACGCCAGUCUAUUUAUAUUGUUUGGCCUGUUAUCUGCUCUGUCAGGAUCUUACGGAGGCAAAAUUUUGGUUGUUCCUGUGGAUGGAAGCCACUGGAUCAAUAUGAAGGUCCUUAUUUUGGAGUUGCAUUCAAAAGGUCAUAGUUUCACAGUGAUCCGAGGAUCUAGCAGUUGGUACAUUGAAGAGCAGUCUCCUUACUACACCUCCAUUACUGUGGAUAUUGGCAAAUUUGAUGAUGAGUUCAUGUUGAAAUUUCUCCCUCGUUUACUGCAGAUCCAAAGACAAGGAAGAACAUUUUGGAAUGAAAUGACACUUGCUGAUGAGAUGUAUGGCAGGUUUGCAGAAAUUCAUGAGGAAAUAUGCAAUAUGACAGGCAAAAUAUUUAAUAAUGAGACAUUGAUGAAUUCACUGGAGGAGGCCAAAUAUGAUCUUGUUCUUGCUGAUCCUGCUUUUGGAGGUGGAGUGUUAGUGGCACAUCGUCUUGGACUCCCGCUUGUGUUAAAUGUCCGCUGGACCAUGUUUGGUGAAGCACAUUUUGAUAUAGCUCCAUCUCCCCUAUCUUAUGUGCCUGUAACAGGGUUACAAUAUACUGACAGGAUGACUUUCCUUCAAAGAGUCAUGAAUGUGGUGAUACAUAUAAUGACUCUUUAUAAAAAUUCAAAGUACUUUGGUUAUCCUUACAAAGAGUUCACCCAGAAAUAUUUUGGUCCAGAUGUUGACUUCUUCUCCCUACUACAGAAUGCAGAUAUCUGGCUUAUGAGAAAUGACUUCACUUUUGAAUUUCCACGACCCACAAUGCCAAAUAUCAUCUAUAUGGGCGGCUUCCAGUGCAAACCUGCAAAGCCACUUCCAGCUGAUCUUGAGGAAUUUGUGCAGAGCUCUGGAGAGCAUGGAGUCAUCAUCAUGUCUUUGGGAACUGUUUUUGGUCAGCUUCUGAGUGAAUUAAAUGAUGAGAUUGCUGCCGCUUUUGCCCAGCUUCCCCAAAAAGUUAUCUGGAGGCACACAGGACCACGGCCUGCCACCCUUGGUAAUAAUACUUUGAUUGUGGACUGGUUCCCUCAGAAUGAUUUACUUGGACAUCCAAAAACUAAAGUAUUUGUGGCACACGGAGGCACCAAUGGACUUCAGGAAGGCAUCUACCAUGGUGUGCCUAUUGUGGGUCUUCCUUUAGCUUUCGAUCAACCUGACAAUCUCUCCAGGAUGCAAGCAAAGGGAACAGCAAAAGUUGUAGAUAUUUCAACUGUUGACAGAACCGUAUUUUUAGAUGCAUUAAAGGAGGUCUUGUAUAAUUCAUCUUACAGAGAAAACAUGCAGAGACUGUCAAGACUUCACCAUGAUCAGCCAAUGAAACCUCUUGAUCGUGCCGUCUUCUGGAUUGAGUUUGUCAUGAGGAACGGUGGAGCACCUCAUUUACGAUCACAAUCUUUCAGAAUGUCCUGGAUCGCUUAUCACUCCAUAGAUGUUAUUUUGACUUUAAUGGUGGCUAUUUUCAUGUUUUUAUUUGUGAUUGUUUACAUAAUUAGAUAUUUCUGUCUGAUUUUACUCAAGAAGAAAGUAAAACGUGAGUAAUGUUUGACAUUUCAGUUAACUCUAUUUUCUAAUUUAGAUAACAUGUGAUAUUUUUAUAAAUUUAAAUUAAAAUACUUUAACUGGAUUUGUAAUUGGUGUAACCUUUUAGGUAUAAUAAGUAUAUAAUUCAUAAUUUGAAGUGUCCAUUAAUUUUUUACAGUUGUACUCAUUGUCCAUAUGGCUUUCAGUAUCUAAUAAGUUAUUGUUUUACAACCUGCCCUAAUUAGGGCAAAUAUAAUUCAUAUGCAUGUGUGUCAGUUUAAAACCAAUAAAGUUUUUUCUUUAUAAUGUC